CGAGAUUGGAAGCCGGGCGGGCGGCGGGAAGGAAAGAGCGUUCGCAUCUGCUGAAAUGGGUGGGCUGGCCAGGCUGACCCCCCUGCUGGCCGCAGAGGAGGACCCGCAGCCGGGUGCGGUGGCUUCGAUGUCCCCUCCGGGCCCGGCCCCAGCCUUGGCUACCUUGUCUCCAUCCCUAGUGGAUUCGCCACCGCCACCCGCUAGCUAUUUGGACCCGUGGAGAAAAAAGAAUGACCAACUCGUUCGACAGAUGAAGGUGACUCAAGACUCAGGGCUGUUCCUAAGGCAACAGCUCUCGGCUCAGGAUGCGCUGCGACGGUUCAGGGAGCUCCUUCACAUUCUGCAGGCCCUCCCUGCAGCUGUUUCUGCUCUCCCCCUGGAGCUGACGGUCACGUGCAACUUUAUUACCCUGAAAGCAAACCAAACUCAGGGCUUCACAGAGGAUCAGGCCCAGGAUAUCCAACAGGGUCUCGAGAGAGUGCUAGAGGCCCAGGAACAGCAAGGACCCAGGCUGAACUGUGGGAUCAGGGAGCUGUGGAACACUGUCCUUCAGGCCGCCUCCCUCUUACCUGAGCUACUUCCAGCCCUGCACCACCUGGCUGGCCUCCAGGCUGCUCUCUGGCUGAGCACUGGCCGUCUUGAGGAUCUGAGCUUGCUGUUGCAGAUGCUGAAUGGCAGCCAGAAUGUGGCCUCCGAGGACCUGUUGCUGCUUCUGAAGUCUUGGAGCCCCCCAUCUAAGGAGUUAGAUGCCCCACUGACCCUGCAGGAUGCCUGUGGCUUAAGAGAUGUUCUUCUGACAGCAUCUGCCCUCCGUCAAGGCCUCCAGGAGCUGAUCACAGAAAACUUUCCCAGGGCACUGAUCAGCCUGCAGGCGGCAGCCUCGGGUCUCUGUUCAAGGCCUGUGCUGGCCCAGGUGUACACGGCACUGGGGAGCUGUCUCCGUAAGAUGGGCAACCCACAGAGAGCACUGUUGUACCUGGUUGCAGCCCUGCAAGUGGCAUCUGUGUGGGGUCCCCCACUUCUGGAGGCCUCCAGACUAUAUCGGGAACUGGGGGACACAGCAGCAGAGCUGGAGAGUCUGGAGCUGCUGGCGAAGGGUUUGAGUGUUGCGCAGAGCUCUAAAGCCCCCCAGGUUCUCAUUGAGGUAGAAUUGCUACUCCCACAACCUGACCCAGCCUCGCCCCUUUACUGUGGCACGCAGAGCCAUGCCAAGCACCUGCUAGCAAGUCGAUGCCUGCAGACAGGCAGGGCCGAGGAUGCUGCAGAGCAUUACCUGGACAUGCUGGCCCUGUUGCAGGAUGGCCCGGAGCCAAGGUUCUCCCCACCCGCUGGCCCCCCAGGGUCCUGCGUGACUGAGCUCUUCUUGGAGACAGCAGCUGCUCUAAUCCAGGCGAACCGAGCCCAGGAUGCUUUGACUGUGUGUGAGGAGCUACUCCGCCGAACUUCAUUCCUACUUCCCAAGAUGCCCUGGAUGUGGGAGGAUACCAGGAAUGGAGCCAAGGAGCUUAUGAACUGCCCGCUCUGGGUCUCUGCUGUUUACUUCCUUCAGGGCCAGGCCUGGGUGAAGCUGGGGGCCUCAAAAGAGGCAGUUAGUGAAUUUAGCCGGUGUCUUGAGCUGCUUUUUCGAGCCCCACCUGAGAACAAAGACGAAGGGAUUGCUUCCAACUGUGAGCCGAGGUGCAGACCAGAUGUGGCCUUGCAACAUCUUCGGUUAGCUGCCCUGGUUAGUCGUGGACUGGAGUGGGUGACCAGUGGCCAGCAUACCAAAGCCCUACAGGACUUCCUCCUCAGUGUUCAGAUGUGCCCAGGACAUCAAGAUGCUUCCAUUCACCUGCUUCAGACUUUGAGGAGGCUGGGUCGGAAGAAUGAGGCCACUGCUCUCUGGUGGAGGCUGGAGGCCCAAAUGAAGCUGCCACCGGAGGCUGCCACAGGGUCUCUCCCUCUAUACCUAGAAACCUGUUUGAGUUGGAUCCGACCCGCGGACCAGGAGUCUCUCCUAGAAGAGAUUCGGACAUCUCUGCAGGAGCCUUCUGAUCUGGAGCUGCCAGGCUUCCUUUGACCAGCUUGACCUCGGACCCCAGGGGCCGUCUCCAUGUGGGAGGAUGUUUUGCUUUACUAUCUUUGGGAAGUGUGGCAAGAGUUUAGCAUUCCUAGAUAAUUCCAGUGUUGGAGAGGUUGGGGUAGUCCUGCCAAAUUCAGACUAGGAACUGCGAUCGUGUUUGCAGAGGAAGCACCUCCACUCCCCCCAAACAAGGCACCUGGCAUUGCUUAUGACAUCUUUUUGUUCUUGUUUUUUUCCGCUGUUUGAGUAAAAUAUUUAUCUCUUG